CUGCGUGGGCGGCGGAGGGGACGAUAAAAGGGAGCUGCGGCAGCGGUAUUUAAGACAGAGCCGAUCAGAUCUCAGACAGGACGGAGCUUAGAGAGCCCGGAGCAAACCGAGCGAUUUCAGCACCACACAGCCAGUGGACAGCGACACGUAGCAGCCCUUAAAAACAAACAGCAGAAAAAUCUUUCCAUCAUGGUUCUCAUCUGGACCCAGUUCGGUGUGAAGCAAAAGAAUGGAAAUGUCAAGUGCAAAGUGCGAGUUAUGCACAGGGGUGACAGCUCCGGAUCGUCAUCAUCAGCGGAGAGCACCAAGUCUGAGCAGGAUACACCCUGCCUGUCCAUCAAACCCGCAGGCAAGGACUUCUACAAGGUCCUGGGUGUCUUGCCUGAAUCUAAUGAAGAUGAGAUCAAGAAAGCCUACAGGAAGAUGGCCCUCAAAUUCCACCCGGACAAGAACAGUGACCCAGAUGCAGAGGAGAAGUUCAAAGAGAUUGCAGAGGCUUACGAGAUCCUGGCCGACCCCCAGAAGAGGAGCAUUUAUGACCAUUUCGGAGAAGAAGGCCUUAAAAAUGGAAUUUCAGCAGGCCAAGGCAACAUUUUCCGCCACAAUUUCCAAAAUGAUCCCCAUGCCACCUUCUCCUCCUUUUUCCACAACUCCGACCACUUUGACAUCUUUGGCAGCGACCCGGAUGGCGAUGACGACCUCUUCAACGCCUUCCGGCGGUCCACCUUCACUCACCUGGGUGGCUUUGCCGACAAUGAGGCCGGCCUGCGGAAGGGUGCAAGGCACCUGUCUGGCGAGGCUGUGGUUCACGACUUGCCGGUGACCUUGGAAGAGGUGAUGUAUGGCUGCACAAAGCAAAUGAAGAUCACACGCAGCCGCCUUAACUCCGAUGGCCGGAGCCUGCGGACCGAGGAGAAGGUGCUGAACGUUGUGGUGCAGAAAGGCUGGAAGGCUGGAACCAGGAUCACCUUCCCCAGGGAAGGAGAUGAGACACCCAACAGCCCCCCUGCUGACAUCACCUUCAUUCUCAGGGAUCAAGACCACCCACAGUACAAAAGAGAUGGGUCCAACAUCAUCUUCACAGCCCAGAUCACCCUUAAAGAGGCUCUCUGUGGAUGCACACUCAAUGUCCCAACACUAGACAACCGCAUGAUGCCUCUACCAUGCAGCAACAUUAUCAAGCCAGGCGAGGUCAGACGACUGAGGGGCGAGGGUCUCCCACUACCCAAGAGCCAGUCCCAACGGGGCGACUUGGUGGUGGAGUUCCAGGUGCUUUUUCCUGAUAGAAUCCCACCGCAGUCCCGCGAAAUCAUCAAGCACAGCCUAGGACAGUGCUAGCCUGCUCCACUUCUAUUUGACACAACCUCACUAUGUGUCUUUCUCAAUUCUCUAACACACCCUUGCCUACGGUGCUAAUAUCAAAACCAAUCACAACCUCUUAUUGUGUUUUGGAAAAGCAAGUAGAGCUCAGUUGUAAGUCAAACUGGACUUUGGAGAGGAGACUUUCUGUACUCCUAGGACAAUGCACAAGUUUUGGUGCCACAUGAGUGAAAGUUUCUUAGCUGUGUGACGCAAGCAUUCAUUCAACAGCCUUCUCCUAGAUGAAAAGGUGUACCUGUACUGUUAUACUUGCAAGCUUAUGGCAGGAUAUCAGUGUGUGAUUUAAGUCUGUAUGGACUUUCUUAAACCUGAAAGGUAGAAACAAGUGAAGAAAAAAACACCUUUCUUCUUUUUCUUCUUCUUAUUCUUAUGGUUAUAUGGUGCUCAUAUGACUGAUAUUUUGCAUUGAUUUAUUACAAUAGCAAAAACUACUUGUGUGCAAAGUUCUACUUUGUGUACAAAAUGAAAACAUUUUGUCUCUAAAAGAGAUUCUCUUGUCAAAUGUUCUAUUGAAUGACUAGAAACGUUUGUAUACAUUCUUCAAUAAGAGCUGCUGAUGUGUUCCUACUUUUUUCUUCAGCAUGAAAAAUAAGAUAAAAUAAAAUAAAAUAAAAACACAAA